AAAACAUCUGCGGCAAAUAGGACGAAACUAGAUCAGGACGUGCUGUCCUGCUCUUCUGCUGUCAUGGCGACUAAGAACCGUGUACCUAUGGACAAAGACUGGGCUUGGGCCGUAGUGCUAGGAACAUUUGGAAGCAUGGCAUUAGUUAUCGGAACACUGAAGUCAUUUGGAGUGCUUUUGGUUGAGCUGUCACAUAGAUAUGAUGCCCCAGCCAGUCUCCUGGCCUCCUCACAGUCUCUUUGUGGUUGGCUACAUCUAGGACUUGCCCCUGUCUCGAACAUCCUUAGUCAGCCCUUUGGUCACAGAUGGGUGGUUUUCUGUGGUGGUAUUCUGUCAGCAAUAGGACUGGUCGCCACUAGCUUUGUAAGAGAUAUCAAGUGGUUCUUUAUAACAUACGGAAUAAUCACAGGUUUCGGCUUUGGGCUUAUUGUUGCAACAGUGUUAGUGUUCCCGAGUUUUUACUUCGACAAGAAGCUUCCACUGGCCCUGGGUCUCGCUUCCUCAGGGUCGGGUAUGGGAGCCUUCAUAUUUCCAAAUCUAACGAGGUUUCUCCUGGAUGAAUAUUCUGUUAGUGGUUGUCUACUUAUUUUGGGAGGAAUUCUUUUGCACAUUUGUGCUUUUUCUCUACUUUUUCGCCCAACGUCAUACUGGAAAAACGAAAAUCAUGAGACAAUCAUAAAACCACACUACACUCACAAGAAAAAUUCGUCGGAAAAGGAAAUUGAGAUAAAUUUUGAAGAGGACGAACACAGUGAACUAUUGGAGGUAAACAAUCCGAGUAUUAUUACUAGCGUAGCAGAAGCUAGAUCAGCAAUACUUGCUGAGAGGAGGCUCUUUCGAACGAAAUCUUUACCAUCAUUAUCAUACGCUACUCAUUUGUGUGUCAUAAAACCCUCAAACAGUGAAAACAACAUAUAUUCAUCGAAAAUGAACACCGAGUUUAAAAUUUCAAGACAAAUUUGUACAUCAUCAUCAAAGGUAGAAAAACAUGUCAGAAACACAUUAAAGCCACCUUUUAUAAAUUGGGAGCUGUUUAAGGACCCUUUAUUCCUUUUGAUAAAUGCAGGUGUAUUUUCAGCCCUUUACGGUCACCACAACAGCUUUAAUUUUGUCCCUCCUCUAGCUGAUGAGUUAGGCUUCUCAGAAUCCGAAGGAGCACUGUCUGUGUCUAUCGUAGGAAUAACUGACCUGAUAGGCAGAAUCUCUGGUGGUAUCAUUGGCAACGCAUUCUUUAAAAGACGAAUAAAGCUAUUUAUAAUUUGUCUACUUGUUUUCUCCGCUUCCUCAAUGAUUGUGGUUCAUGUUACUUAUUUCUACGUCUUUAUCGUUUUUUGUGGCAUUCAAGGAUUAGCUACCGGUGGUUUUAUGGGAGUGCAGAUUUCCAUGAUUGCUGAUGAGCUUGGACGAGAGAAACUGUCCACAGCCUGGGGAUACGUAGCCUUCACUUCAUCCUUCUCUGUUUUGAUAAAUCCUGCUCUUUCAGGUGCAAUUAAAGAUAGUUCUUGUUCGUGGAAGAAUUCAUUCAGACUGUCGUCUGCUUGUGGAUUUCUGGGCUCGGUUGCACUCCUCACAGAAGUCUAUAUUCGAAAACGUCUACAGAAAAAAUAUCCUGCCAGUUAAAUAUAACAUUCUGAUUCUACCUGGAUUCUGAUGUUUAUUUCUACAUAUGAAAAACAUUUUACUGAUUCAUGAGGACAUAAUAUUUUGGGUGACUCUUAAAUAGAGAAGAUUCAAUGGACCGAUACAUGGACACUGUUAUCAUCCGGGGAAUGUAUAUUCCCGGUAAGCGUAGCUCAAUUAUUCACGAACAUUGGUCCUCCACUGACAAUAAUGAUUCCAAAGUACAACAAAUAAAACAUACAACUUAUCAUUAUAGUAAAACCUGUCCAAUCCGUAAACCACUGGUUCUAUAGAAAUCGGCCGGAUUAGACAUCUUAAUCAAUUGAAUUUACUGAAAGGGACUUAAAAUUUAGAUUGUAAUAAGCAAGAUUUAUUAUUACACAGCAUCAGUAUAAGACAAGUUUCACUGAAAUAUCAUCAUAGAAAAAAAGAUGUAUAAAAUAUGGUUAUAAUUACUCUACAAAAGAGAUUUCAAGACUCAGUCAUUGAGGCUUGAUAAUUAAACACAAUAUCAUUCUAUGUAUUUUUGAACGAAUGGUGUUUCAACUGAUAUGGUACGCGUAUGUGAUUUUGCAUACAUUUUGAUAAACCCUUUGACUAGAUGAAACUAUAGACUCUACCAUAGCUGAUAAAAAACUGUAGUGAUUUGUUCUUGGUCAAUUGAACAUUCUUUAAAAUCCCAUGAAAUCAACAACAAAAUUGUGGGGUACAGCAAAAUAUAAUUAAAGGAUAUAAGUGCAUUUCAGUAAA